AUGAAAGCGGACGACCCCAACAAGUCGAGCAACAAUAGAGGUGGCGGUUUUGUUGAUGAGGUGGACCAAGAAGCGCCUGAAGAAUCAGGAAAAGUGGUCGCACCGGUGGAACCCCCAGAGUUAGAGAAGCCGCCCUCUGAUGAUGAUUUCGAAGACUUGACCUCUCCACUCCCCGAAGAUGUCUUUAGUCUCCUCUACGUCUGCAAGCCUUGUGGAUUUACCUGUAUCUAUUGCAUCCUUGUGUUUAUGGUACAAGCCUCGAUAAUUUUUUUGAUCAUGGCAGAUUUACUGAAAAAUGGCACCGCCCACAAUCCCCUCAGUGUGCCGCCUGGUGUGAACGUCGAAGUCACACUCGCACAGGCAGUCUCCAUGUUACUGGCUGUGUCGACACAGACCAAUUUAUUGACGGCCAUUUCACGAAUGUCCCUAGGCCAAAGCUACGAUCAUGCAUAUGUUCUGACUAUGAAUCCAAAUGCUACCCAUGCGGAUUACUGGAUAUCAACCAUUUUGCAAAUGUUUGUGGGACUCGCCAUGUUGGUGGACAGUUUUAUUCUCAAUAUGCAAAGUACAUCGGUACUGACUUUGAUGCUGAACUUUGCAGCCUUGGCAUUUAUUUCGGAAGUUCAACAGACCUUUUUUUGGAUUGCCAAGAAUGGAUACAUUAGCAGAACGGUGGAGGAAGAUACCCGCUUGGUUACCAACUUUCAAAUCCCCCGUCAUUUUCACAAGGCAUCCAAUCCAUACCUUCCGUACCUAAAGCGAGUUCUUUUUGGCCUCAUCACGGGACUCUUGCUGUUCUUUUAUGGAAUGUUGGCGCAACAACAGAUGAGCGGCAAGUUCAUAUGCAAUCAACUCGUGGCCCAGUUUGGUGAUGAAAUCCGUCCUGAUUUGGCUUUCUACAGUGGUAUUUUCCUUCAGAAAGAAGGAGAACUUUACAAUGGCCGUGCUGUGUAUGAGGAUGCGAAGAAAAAGGGAGCCUAUUUUGCUUAUUGCAAAGAAGAACAGGCUUGGACGUUUAGUGGGCUAGUGGAUCUUGGAGAGGCGAAACUCGUAAAUGGCACGGCGACAGCGCAGGCCACUAGCAUGAAUGCAUGCAACUACUGGGCCAAAUCGCAGGCAACUGCCACAUACGACAUUAUCGAAAGUUAUCAGCAACCAUGGUUAGUCAGGGACUACCUUGCCAAUCAGACCAAUCAAGUGGAUCAUUUCGUGUUGGCUUGUAAUGAUUGUGAGGGGAACCGUGCCAGUCAAGAUUGCAGUGGUCAUGGCACUUGUGACAACAAUCAGUGCGUAUGCAACGAAGGGCGCAUUGGUGUGAACUGCGAAUAUCCGAUUCCCUGCCCGAGAUUGGCGCUGGACACGCGAACUGAGCCAUUGCCCUAUGCUGAAGGCGGCCUUUUUGUACCUCCCACCGACUACGAGCUGCUGACCUACGGGAACGACUCAAUACCAAUUUUGGUGUACAACAAGCCCGUGUACUUUGCGAGGCUGGGAAAGAGCGGUGUGCCUGUGACCGUGAUUAUGUUUACGGGACGUCGAUGGGGUCUCUUUUUGAAUUUGGAAUUCUAUGACGCAAACGAACUACAACAGUUGAAGGAGAAUCUGCACACCUAUCUUCCCGUUGACUUCCAUACCUUUUAUUCCACACACAAAGUCUACUUCUUCACCGACCCCAUGGAUUUGGGAUCUCCUUCGGAUGGUGCCAGCCCGGUAGACUUGCAGUGGUAUCACUCCAGAAAGCUGCUCAAUCUGGGCACGAGGUCUCUAUACCGAGUGGACCAUAAUCAGCCCACAAAUACCGUGUUUCUGUGCCCAGUUUGCCAGCCAGUCGUGAACAACUGUCUCAACGGUGGGACGUGCGUGACACCAGAGUUCGACGAGAGCAAUCUAAUUGAAUAUUUGACUGUCGAGGGAACAUGCAACUGCACAGAUGGGUUUGUUGGUGAAAUGUGCGAGCGACAGCAAAAUUGCUAUGAAGAGAUGGCACAAUGCUACAAUGGAGGCAAUUGCACCAUUUCCACGGGAUCUUGUAGUUGCCCUUUCCCACACGCCGGAAAACUGUGUCAGUACCGAAUGUCAGAUGAAUUCAUCGGAGUGUAUACGCAAAGCUUGGUAGACUCAGGGCAGAUUUCCGAGGAGAACGCGAUCGAGGCACUGAACCUGACCAUUGGACCCCAAUCGUGA